AUGGUGGCAUCUCUCUCUCUCUUCUUUCCCCUUGACGUUAUGUCUUCUCCCACCCAGCCCAUGUGGAUAAGGGAAUAUUUCGACAAGAACAAAACUCGACAUCACUCCUACUCAACACUCCUCCCUUGGUUCCGUUACCAAAAACUCUCACCUCCCUCUCCAGAAUGUCUACUCUACCUCCUCCUUUUUUUCUCGCACACUAGCGCCCCUCCCACUCUGAUUUUAUUCUUCCUUCCUUUCUCUUCACAACUUCUUUUCUUUUAUUUCCUUUGUCUAUUAUUCCCUCAAUUUCCUUCCUUCCUCCCGUUUCUCUCUCUUUGUCUUCAUUUUAUUUCCACUCCGACCUUGAUUGUUCUCUCAACACUUCCUCUCCCUUUCCCGUAUCACAGAGAAUCUUUACGAGCGGUGAAACCUUACAACCUACGGAUGAGUAAAGGGGACAUAAUAAUGGUAAAGCCGAUUAGUGUAUUUCAAAACAGCACCGCUAAAGUUUACUUACACAUAUGUGUUUGCGUGUCUUUUCGGCUGCUGCUAGUCACAAAUAAUAUGAGUCGAUUCCAAUUAUUGCUAUCUGCCCCGUUACGAGAGGAAGGCCGGGGACUCUCUUUUUUUUAA